AUGUCCCGCGCCCCGCUCUUCCUUCGUUCGUCGCCGGCGCAAGGCACUGGUUCCUAUGGAGCUCUUCCAGUACACCACUUGAGCUCCAGUGCCUCACCCUCAGAGUCAGAAGAUAACACAGACUUCGACGGCCAGACCUCUGGACAGUCGGGGACGCGGAAACGGAAGCUCUCUGCGGCUGCAGAAUCCAGCAAUGCUGUUCGGAAACGGAACCAAACUGCCGCCGAGGCUGUCGAAGGCCAACAGGAAUCCGGGUUGGAAAUACGGUUCACCACGAACGCUGGCAUGCCUGCCGCAGUGGGUAUGGAUGCGACGCUCGAAGACCUGCACAUAUCAAGCGGGAGUGCAACCGAGAGCUCUGACUCCGGCAGCGAGGAUGAUGCAUUAUCAGAUGAUCAUAUGAUGCCGGACAAGCAUCCCUCACAUGACCCUCCGGAUAACUCACCAUACCCUCAAGUGCGCGCAAGUGUACGACCGACCGAUGAUACCUCAUUGUCUAUCAACACUCCUCGCAUGUGGACGCUGUCAAUGCUUUUUUCCAUUUUAGGUUCUUCCACCAACUUGUUUUUCUCGUUAAGAUACCCAAGUGUUAGCAUUACCCCAGUCAUCGCGUUGUUACUUGUUCAUCCCCUCGGCCUCCUCUGGGACCAGCUACUCACUCGCGAUGACGAUCCUGAUGAGCUAUUUGUCGACGGAUCACUCCUAUCACAUAUUCUCGAUGCAAAUCCUUCCAUGGAAUACCUCUCCACGAGCUGGAGGCGCCGAUUCCGGCUCUGGCUAGCCCAAGGCCAUUGGAACGAGAAGGAGCAUUGCUGCGUCUAUAUUGCCAGUAAUGUGUCGUUCGGGUUCGCUUUCGCCACUGAUGUCAUUGUAGAGCAGACCAAAUUCUAUCACCAGGAGACUAGUGUCAUCUAUCAAAUCCUCUUAACUCUGUCGACCCAGAUCCUUGGAUAUGCGAUUGCUGGCAUCACGCGCAGAUUCCUCGUCCGACCCAGUGGCAUGAUAUGGCCCGGCACCCUAAUCUCUACAUCGAUGUUCACCACCUUGCAUAAUGACGAGAAUCAUCCGGCCAACGGCUGGCAUAUAUCACGCUCGAAGUUCUUCCUCUACGUCUUCUGUGGCUCCUUCGCGUUCUACUUCAUACCUGGUCUUCUGAUGCCAGCGCUGAGCUACUUUAACGUCAUCACCUGGUUCGCGCCGAAGAACGUGAUCAUUGCCAACCUUUUCGGUACUUCAUCAGGUCUCGGCCUGUUCCCGGUGACCUUCGACUGGUCGCAGAUCGCGUACAUUGGCUCGCCCCUCGUAGUGCCGUUCUGGGCUGCUAUGAACAUCGUCAGUGGUUUGGUCGUCAUUAUGUUCAUCGUAGCUCCCAUUCUGUACUACUCUAAUGUGCUAUAUUCCUCAUACAUGCCAAUUCUCUCUUCGGCCGUCUUCGACAACACCGGCAAGCCUUACGACGUGAGCAAGAUUCUGACGCCGGACUUUCUCUUCGACGAGGAGGCCUACCACAAGUACAGCCGAGUGUUCAUGCCAAUGACCUACGUCCUCAGCUAUGCACUUCAAUUUGCUGCCUUGGCAGCUUUGAUCACGCAUACAGCUUGUUGGCACGGCAGGGAUAUUAUCAAACAGUGGCGAAGAUCUUUGGACGAGAUACGCAGCGAGGACAAGGCCAUGUACAGGCGACUCUCCUCUGGCGACGGUAGCGAGGGAAUGCCAGACCUGCGGCGCAUGAGCUCGGUCUCUUCGACGUCGGGCCCCGGUCUCGACAACCUGAUGAGUGCCGAAGACGUCCACAACCGCCUGAUGCGAAGAUACGAGGACGUGCCUAUCAGCUGGUACCUACUCACUGGUGUGAGCAUGACAGCUGUGGGGAUGUUUGUCGUUGAGUACUACCCGAUUCACCUCCCGUGGUACGGCUUACUGCUCUCCCUCGGCAUAUGCACCCUCCUCUUCAUCCCAAUCGGUAUCGUCAUGGCCAUCACGAACCAACAAAGCAGCCUCUACCUAAUCUGCCAGCUAAUCUGCGGCGUCGUCUUCCCCGGGCGCCCCGUCGCCAACAUGGUCUUCGUAACCUAUGGCUACAUCACCUCCACCCAAGGCCUCAAAUUCUCCUCCGACCUCAAGUUGGGCCACUACAUGAAGAUCCCCCCGCGCAUCCUCUUCAAGCUGCAACUCCUCGCCACGACCGUCUCCUCGCUGACCCAAAUCGGCGUGCUCAACUGGAUGCUAACCCACAUCCGCGGCAUCUGCACCCCCGCCGCCAUAAACGGCUUCACGUGCCCCAUCGCGCGCGUCCACUUCAACGGCAGCAUCCUCUGGGGCGUCGUCGGCCCCGCGCGCUUCUUCGGGCCUGGCGCCUUGUACCGACCCUUAGUAUGGGCCUUCCUGGUCGGCGCCAUCGCGCCUGUGGGCGUGUGGAUGCUGGGCCGACGGCACAGAAAGAGCUUUUGGAGAAAUGUAAAUCUGCCUGUUUUGUUUGGGAGCUUGAGUUGGAUCCCGCCGGCCACGGGGCUGAAUUUCAGCGUCUGGGCGCUUGUGUGCUGGUUCUUUAAUUGCUUUGUGCAGAGGCGGUAUCGCGCGUGGUGGGGGAAGUACACGAUGACGACGAGCGCCGGGUUGGAUUCGAGUGUCGCGGUUGGGGUCGUGGUGGUGUUUUUCGCGUUUGGGUAUACGGGGCUUAUGGAUCGGUUCAGGUGGUGGGGAACGGAGGUUUAUAAACAGGGCUGUGACUGGCAUGCUUGCUCGUAUAAGACGGUGCCCGAGGGCGAGAUCUUUGGACCGAAGACUUGGUAG